AUGGUGGACUCCCGCAUCCAGCAGGCCAUCGCCAAUGGCACCGUCCCGCCAGGCAUCACCGCUGAAUAUCUGAGCGAGUCUCGCGAUGGCGCAUCGAUUGUCGGCAUCAUCUUCGUCACAGCCCUCACAUUUAUUGUCGUCUGCACACGACUGAUAUCUCGAACAUGCAUCGUACGGCGAUUUGGCGUGGAUGAUGCGUUGGCUUGCUUGUCGAUGGCUCUGCUGAUAUGCUUUGUUGGAUUGAGCAUCGAGUUAAUCAACUUGGGCUCCGGGAGGCAUUUUGCGUUCAUCGAAUACAUCAUGGACGUCCCUACGGUUCUGCGGACCCAAGUGCUCGAUUUCGUCGCCCACAUCAUCUACACGACGGCCCUGCUUCUGUGCCGCAUAUCGGGUCUCGCGUUCUAUCAGAGAGUCUGCGGGCAGCAUCAGCAUUUCAUCCUGGGCAUCAGGAUUGUGUUUGGCAUCCUGAUUGCCGGCUUCCUGCCCCAGAUCUUCCUGCUCAUCUUCCACUGCAAGCCAGUGACGGGCUACUGGCCGUAUGGAUGGGAGCCCGUUGCUCCCCGAUACACGUGUCUGCAGUGGGGUUUGGUGUACAGCGUCAACUCGUCUGUGUCCCUUCUCUGCGACCUGCUUCUCUUUGGUAUCCCCAUUGCCAUGCUGCGGACGCUGGAGAUGUCUCGGAAGCGCAAGAUUCAGUUGGCCGGCAUUCUGCUGCCCGGUGUUGCUGUCAUUGCCAUCUCCAUCGCUCGACUCGUUCUCGUCAUCUUGGGUCAGUGGGAGAGUGAUGAAUCGUGGUCAUACGACCCCAUGCUCGGAGUUGAAGCAUCGGAGAUUGGGGCGACGUUGAUCGCCUUGUCCGUGCCGGGAGCCAAGCCGCUUUUCGACAAGGUAUUCUUCAAGAAGGAUGACAGCCAGACGAGCGGCGCGUCCCAUUACGGUCGCAAAAGCAGUUUUCGUUCUCGGGGGACUGCUCUCAGCACGAUGAGGUUUCGCUCCGGCAGCCAGAACAGCAUCCUAGGGGAUCCGGAAGAGGAGGGACCCAAGUACGGACCCGAGGCGGUGGCCAGUGCCGGCAGCAGGCAUGCCAACGACUCAGAGGGCAUCUACGUGCAGAUGGACUUUGAACUGAAGGAGGCCCGGGUGCAUACAAAUACUACGACGCCGAGCCUGGAAAGCCGGUGA